AAACUCGUAUGCACAAGAGAGGGCCACGCUGCCAUCUUUCAGACCGCAUCGAACUCCUCCUUUCCGCCGCCGCCGCCGCCGCCGCAGCCAUUCAUGGCGAGGCGCCGCCGGGGAGGAUUCGAACAUUAAUCCAUGCUAUUCCCCACCCGUCCCUGUAAAUCCCAAGCUCCUGCCGCCGUAGCUGCUAUCUGCAGCCUCCGCCCCUCCUCCUCAUCGCCGGCGCUUAUUCCUUCCCCGUAUCACGACGACAACCCAUUCGCCUCACUACUCACUUCCGAUCCCCCUCCGCCGGAUCCGCUCCGCCAGGUUCUCGCCACGGGAGACGUCCACGGCGCGCUCCGCGGCCUCCCUGGCCUCGCUCGCCAGCUGUUCCGGUGGGCGGAGGGCACCCCUCACGGUUUCCCCCGCUCCGCCUCCGCAUUCGCCGCCGUCCUUGUCCCGCUCGCUGAGGCCAGGCGCAACCGCUCCGCUUAUCCCGUCUCCCUCCGCGCUAUCCAGGCUGGCCUUCUCCUUCCCCUCAUCUCUCUCCUCCUCACGUAUCCCCUGUCCCCCUCCUCCCACCACCUCCUCAACUUCCUCUUACGCAUGUCCACCAAGUUUGUGCCCGAAUGCCAAGCUCAGGACCCUGCGCCCACCAGCUGUUCGACACAAUGCCUUUCCGCCUUCCAAGAGAUGGCGCGUCAAGGUGUCGCCCCUUACGUCAAGGUGUGCAACUGCGUGCUCUCUGUGCUGUGCGACGCGGCCAGGUGGGACGACAUGCGUGCUGUGUAUUCAGAUAUGCUUCAGCUUGGGGUUGAGCCAUCCAUUGUCACAUACAAUACAUUGCUGGAUUCUUUUUGUAAGGCAGGGAGGAUCGAUCAGGCUGUCAUGCUGCUCAAGGAUAUGGAGGCCCAAGUUGCUGGCUGCUUGCCGAAUGAUGUCACCUAUAAUGUGGUGAUCAGUGGGCUGGCCAGGAAUGGUGAGCUGGACAAGGCGGCUCAACUGGUUGACAGAAUGCGGUUGUCCAAACAAGCGUCAGCCUUCACAUAUAAUCCACUUAUCAGUGGGUUGUUAGCAAGGGGUUUUGUUGAAAAGGCUGAUGCUUUGCAGCAGGAGAUGCAGAAUGAUGGCAUUGUGCCAACGGUGGUGACAUACAAUACAUUGAUUCAUGGGUUAUUUAAAAGAGGGAACGUGGAGGCGGCAGAGUUGAAAUUUCUGGAAAUGAGGGCAAUGGGGUUGCAGCCAGAUUUGAUUACUUACAAUUCCUUGAUAAAUGGACAUUGUAAGGCAUGUAAUUUGAAGCAGGCACUUUGGUUGCUUGGUGAUUUGAGACGUGCAGGGCUAGCACCGACAGUUAUGACAUAUAACAUCCUUAUAGAUGGCUAUUGUAGAUUAGGUAAUUUAGGGGGGGCUAUGAGAUUCAAGGAGGAGAUGAGAGCAGAGUGCUGCCUGCCCGAUGUUUGUACAUAUACUAUUCUUAUGAAUGGGUCAUGUAAGGUCAAGAACAUUGCUAUGGUAAGGGUGUUCUUUGAUGAAAUGCUGAGUAAGGGUUUAAAGCCAGACUGCUUUGCUUACAACACAAGGAUUUCAGCAGAGCUGACUCUAGGUGCUAUUUCCGAUGCUUUUCAGUUGAGGGAGGAGAUGAUGCCGAGUGGAAUUUCUUCCGAUACAGUUACAUAUAAUAUUCUUAUUGAUGGACUGUGCAAGGCUGGUAGCCUGAAAGAUGCCUAUGUGUUGUGGAUGAAGAUGGUCAGUGAUGGGUUACAACUUGACUGUGUCACAUACACUUGCUUGAUUCAUGCACAUUGUAAGUGGGGGCUUCUAAGGAAAGCAAAUAAUAUUUUUCGUGGCAUGGUUGCAAGUGGUUUGUCACCCUCGGCUGUGACCUAUACCAUUUUUAUUCACACAUACUGUAGGGUGGGAGAUCUUGAUUCAGCAUAUGGCUGGUUCCGGAAGAUGCUGGAAGAAGGAGUGGAACCUAAUGAAGUAACAUAUAAUGUGCUCAUGAAUGCACUAUGCCGGAUAGGGAGAACUGAAUUGGCUUAUCAAUAUUUUCAUGAGAUGCUGGAGAGAGGAUUGGUGCCAAACAAAUACACAUACACUUUGUUGAUAGACGGGAACUGUAAAGAAGGUAACUGGGUGGAGGCUGUAAGGCUGUACUGUGAAAUGCAUCAGAAAGGUAUUCAUCCAGACCAUUGUACACAUAAUGCCUUGUUUAAGGGAUUUGGUGAAGAUCACAUGCACGACACAAUUCAGUACUUGGAGAAUGUUGUUUUGGGUGCAUAGGACGGUCUUCAAGAAAGGUUCGUCUUGGCCUUGCUUGGUGGAAAACUCUAUGACAGACGGAAUUUGGGGUGACACUCUGGAUAAAGGAGCUAUGUGAUUUCCAGACAGAUAACACAAACAGGUCCUUCUCUUGCUGUGUGAACUUCCUCACAAUUUCCCCCUGGUCAUAUGCUCAUGGUCAUGGAGAAACAACCCCCAUUGUUUUUUCUUUUCUUUCGAUAAGGCAUAAUGGAAAUCUUUUGACCAUGCCUCCCCAGUAUCUACUAUCUCAAAAGUGAAUGGCUAUGGACCUUUUGGGCCGAGCUUCAACAAUAACAUAUAGGCUUUCUCUUGGUAAGAUACUACCAAGAAUUUUGUAAAACGAAUAAUCCUUGUACCACAGAUUCACGGUCAAUUUUGCCAUAGUCAUCUGACACACACAUUGACUUGUCAGAUAUGUAACACUGUUCCCAUUCUUUGGAUCAUUUAAUGGAUUCUCUUCUUCUCAA